ACGAAAUUCUCAACGGAUCGUUUGCAAACGGUUAUCAUGAAUUGAAUAGUAUUCAUGAUGAUGCCGAAGGAUUUAAUGGAUCGUUUACAAACGGUUAUAGCGAGUUUGAUGAUAGUAUUCAUGAUGAUGACGAGGUUCUAAAUGAAUCAUUUACAAACGGUCAUCAUGAGUUGAAUGGUAUUCAUAAUAAUGGCCAAAUUUUUAACGAAUCGUUGAUAAACGGUCGUCGUGAGUCGAACGGUAUUCAUAGUAACGGCUAUGAAUCGCUUACUAACGGUCAUAAUGAGCUGAAUGAUAAUCAUGGUGAAUCAUUCCUUGCAGAGCGAGGAUUUGGCACAAGAGCUAUUCACAUAGGGCAGGAUCCUGAUCCAUACACUGGAGCUGUUAUUCCCCCGAUAUCUUUAUCAACUACUUUUAAACAAUCUUCAAUUGGUACUAAUAAGGGUUAUGAAUAUUCUAGAUCAAGUAACCCUACGAGAAACGCAUUUGAACAAGCAAUUGCAGCGUUAGAAAAAGCCAAAUAUGGUAUUGCAUUUUCAUCAGGAUCUGCUACGACUGCAACUAUUGUUACAACCAUAGGAACUGGUGGUCAUAUCAUAUCGGUGAAUGAUGUCUAUGGAGGAACCAAUCGUUAUUUUUCUAAAGUUGCACAUUCUCAAGGAAUCAGUACAACUUUUGUUAAUUUGCUUGAUCCUCAUAAGAUCGAAUCUGCUUUCCGUCCAAAUACAAAGAUUGUAUGGGUUGAAACUCCAACAAAUCCUACUCUCCGCCUAGUUGACAUUAAGAAUGUCGCCGAAAUAACACACAAUCAUGGUGCUAUCCUUGUAGUCGAUAACACAUUCAUGAGUCCAUAUUUCCAAAAUCCCUUAGAACUAGGCGCUGACAUUGUUGUACAUUCUGUCACCAAGUAUAUAAAUGGUCAUUCUGAUGUGAUAAUGGGUGUAGCCGUGAUGAAUGACAAAGCAAUAUAUGAAAAAGUUAAAUUUUUACAAAAUGCCAUUGGUGCUGUACCUUCACCUUUUGAUUCAUGGUUAGCAAAUCGUGGAUUAAAAACUCUACAUGUACGCAUGAAGCAGCAUCAAGAAAAUGCUUUAACUAUUGCAAGAUUUUUGGAAAGUAGUGAUAAAGUUGAGGAAGUUAUAUAUCCUGGGUUGGAAAGUCAUCCGCAACAUGAUUUAGCAAAGAAACAAGCAAAAGGAUUUGGAGGAAUGUUAAGCUUUAAAAUUAAAGGAGGUUUUGAAGCUGCUGAUACCUUUUUACGGAAUAUUAAAUUAUUCACAUUGGCUGAAUCAUUGGGUGGUGUAGAAAGUUUAGCAGAACAUCCUGCAAAAAUGACACAUGCAUCUCUCACUCCAGAACACCGAGAAGCUGUCGGUGUUACUGAUAAUUUAAUUAGAUUAUCUGUGGGUAUAGAAGAUGUCGCUGAUCUGGUAGCGGAUCUAAAACAAGCAUUAGAAAUAGCU